ACCCUCUGAGUCUCCCUUCUUCAUUUCCCUCUCCAGCCGUCUUCACGAACCCUAACCCCACCAGAGAGAGAGAGAGAGAGAGAGGAGAGAAAGAAAAUGGGUCGCGUGAUCAGAGCCCAGCGUAAGGGAGCAGGCUCCGUGUUCAAGUCCCACACCCACCACCGCAAGGGUCCGGCGAGGUUCCGCAGCCUCGACUUCGGCGAGCGCAACGGAUACCUCAAGGGCGUGGUCACCGAGAUCAUCCACGACCCGGGUCGUGGCGCCCCGCUCGCCCGGGUCACCUUCCGCCACCCGUUCCGGUUCAAGCACCAGAAGGAGCUCAUGGUCGCGGCCGAAGGGAUGUACACGGGCCAGUUCAUUUUCUGCGGGAAGAAGGCCAAUCUGAUGGUGGGAAACGUGUUGCCGUUGAGAUCUAUUCCUGAGGGUGGGGUGGUUUGUAAUGUUGAGCACCAUGUCGGGGAUCGUGGGGUGCUAGCUAGGGCCUCCGGGGAUUAUGCUAUUGUUAUCAGUCACAAUCCCGAUAAUGAUACCAGCAGGAUCAAACUUCCAUCUGGGGCCAAGAAAAUUGUGCCUAGUGGUUGCCGAGCUAUGAUUGGUCAAGUUGCCGGAGGUGGCAGGACCGAGAAGCCGAUGUUGAAGGCAGGAAAUGCUUAUCACAAAUACCGGGUGAAGAGGAACUGCUGGCCCAAGGUUCGUGGUGUGGCUAUGAAUCCAGUGGAACAUCCUCAUGGUGGUGGUAACCACCAGCACAUUGGUCAUGCCAGUACGGUUCGUCGUGAUGCCCCUCCUGGCCAAAAGGUUGGUCUCAUUGCUGCAAGGAGGACCGGUCGUCUCCGUGGACAAGCUGCUGCCACAGCUGCUAAAGCCGAUAAGACCUCUUAGAGUGGCCUUCUAUUUAUCCUUUAGCUGUAGUGCUUUACAGCCAUUUUGUUGUUUUUGGGUGUCUUUUUUGCUUCCAUGUUUUGCGGGUAUUGUUUUCCAAAUUUGAAUAUGUUCACUUCAGAGAUUGAUCUUUUAAUUAGAGGAUUGCUUUUGAUACCUAAGUUUUAUGGGAACCUACAAGUUUUAUGGUCA